AACUCGACGACCACCCCAGCGGAAGUUGUUGUGUUCGGGCGAAGCCAUAGUUACCCUCGUCACCCAAGCAAGAAAACUUGUACUGCAAAAAAAAUACGUUAAAUUAAACUUGGAAGUCAACACUCAUCAGUGAAAGGGAAGGUAUAAACCUCUCUACACGUACGAGUAGUCCCAACGAAAACGAAGGACCCGUGUCACACAUCAGUCGUGCACCUGCGGACGUAAUAUUAUUUUUCUGGACAGCGUACUUCUCAGAAAGUUCUUGGCUUUGUCUUCUUCUUCGAUGGAUUCAUCAGCCCUUGAUAGUCUUGAAUCUGAUGAAAAGCGACAUUUAGGGAAACAGCGAAGCAGCUCUUUUGCUCCCAAACUCAGCCAAAGAACGCGAGCUCGACUAGUUGGAAAUCCUUUGAACGUUGAUCUGAACACCGUUGGACAAGAUGAUCGGUUAAAAGAUCUUUCAGUGAUUGUUGACACUGACGAAAGAGGACUUCGCACGCGCAAUGAGUACGCAAUUCACAAGAAAAGAGCUCUGCCUUUCAUGAAGAUUCAAAGUGAUGAACACGUGCAAUCUUCACAGUUGGCAGCCACGGGUUUGAUAGAUGAACAUUACCGGUCCGGCUGGACAGCACCCACACAGUCUAACGAUGUAAUAAUUCCUGGCUCUCAACAAAGCAACGUAGAAAUUUGUCUAUCGCACGAGAAUCGUGGGGAGCUCACAGCAGUCUGUUCGCAAGGAAAUGGGUACGAGAUGUGUUCAGAGAAUAUACGUAUGCCUGCUCCCCUGGUCUCUACGGAAGUUUGUCAUGGUCUGGUCCGCCCGCCCACAAGUGGCUUGAAAUCAAGCAAAAAUGGAUGCGCUAAAAUGGACACAGGCAAGGACAACCUGACCAAGUCACAGGUUCCCACUAUCCAUAAUCGGGUUGCUCAAGCAGAAUCAUUGCCUCCUGCACAUCGAUGGGUCCGCAGUGCGGGCACGGCACGCGGUAUUCGCACUAAAACCCCUUUUCGGAAGGGGAUUCCUCCCUCAGCUUCAAUAUCUUCAGCUAAUGAUAAAAUAGCUUGCAGUAUUCGGGAGAUAAUUCAAAAGCGAACACGCGAGGAGCGGGCAACAGAGGGCAACACUAAACAGCUGAACGUGGAUAGACCACAUUUUACAAGGCAAAUAAAGAACAAGUACCUGACAGAGGAUCGAUUGAAUCCUCGUCGUGUUGAGGCGGCCAUUAAGAAUCUGCAACCAGAUCCUGCACUUUACCAAAAUCUAAUUAGUGUUUUGCAGAAGCCAGUAGGCUGCCCUGAAAUUGCAGGGGUUGAAUGGGCUCGGGCAGUUUUUGACAAGAAGGAGAACGCCUGA